AUGCUUGAUAUGGGCUUUGAACCACAGAUUCGUCGAAUAGUCGAACAACAUGGAAUGCCACCAGCUGGGAAAAGACAGACUUUAAUGUUUUCUGCAACAUUUCCAAAAGAAAUUCAGACACUUGCGAGGGAUUUUCUGCACUCUUACAUAUUUCUGGCUGUUGGACGUGUCGGUAGUACCAAUGAGAACAUUAUUCAAGAAGUUUUGAACGUAGCUGAUAAAGAUAAACCUGAUAUGUUGGUUCGACUACUUCAAGGAAAAGAUCCGGAUGGCUUGGCUUUGGUAUUUGUUGAAACUAAACGUGGAGCUGAUGUUUUGGCUAAAUUUUUAUGCCAGUUAAAUUUUCCAGUCACAUCAAUUCAUGGUGAUCGCCCUCAGACCGAACGAGAACAUGCACUUCAAUCUUUUAGAUCUGGUCGUACUCCCAUUCUUAUUGCUACGGCAGUUGCUGCUCGAGGUUUAGAUAUACCGAAUGUUAAGCAUGUGAUUAAUUUUGAUCUACCGUCAGAUAUUGAGGAGUAUGUUCAUCGCAUUGGUCGUACAGGUAGAAUGGGCCAACCAGGCUCUGCGACGUCAUUCUUUUCUGAGAAAAAUCAGAAUGUGGUAAGAGAUUUGGUUGAAUUGCUUCGUGAGUCUAAACAAGCUGUACCACCGUGGCUAGAAGCACGUGUUGCUUAUCCAUCAGGAUCAGCGAGUCGUCGCAAUAAAAACAUAAAUAAUAACGUUAAUAAAAAGAAUCGGGUUAAUUAUUGUUCAUUUGACUAUCGACAGUAUGGUAAUCGAAAUAUUAGCUAUGUCGGUGGGUCCUUGCCCAUGAAUAACAAUACCAAUAACAAUAGUAAUUUACCGAAUGGUGGACUUGGGCUACUUGGAAACUGUUCAUUGUCAUUCCCUAUUGCUAGUAAUCCUAGACAUCUGCAAAAUAAUACUUACAAUCCAUUAUUUCAGCCUGGUCAAAAUCAACAGUCUAAUAAAGUUUUCUGUAAAAAUAAUUCUAAUUAUGUCAAUCGAGUAAAUACGUUUACAGGAACACAUGAACAUCAAAAUAAUUCUUUAUCAGCAUCUGUUUCUUUAUUUCAUCAUCAGCCUAGACUUCAACAUCCACAACCAGCAACACUUAUGCCUGGAACCAGUCCAAAUGCUGCAGUUCAUCAGUUUUUAGCGGCAGCUGUUGCAGCUGGAAUUCAUCCUCUACCAUCUAAUGGUACAAAUAUUAAUGAUGGAAAUUUAACAACUAUGAGUAAUGGAGGUUUUCGAAAUCCACAUGUUCAUCCAACAAAUGGUGCACCAUUUGCUACACCUACCUAUCAGGCUUUCCAUCCAGCUGCUGUUUUUCCUUCAUCGAAUCAAGUUCCAUCACAAUCUGUUUCUUCUAAUGGUCGAGAUGGCUCUGGAACUGUAGUAUUUCCACCUGCUGGUCUUUAUCAUACAGGUAAUUUGAAUGGAACUAAUACACUAAACUCAACAAGUUCAGCCAAUCAUCAAACUUUACAACAGGCUCAUCCAACUACAGCACUUAUUCAGACUGGUUAUCCUGUUCAAUAUUACCCUCAAAAUCAACAACAUUUUUGUCCUGUAUCCAAUGGAAUUCAGCGUCAUUCACCUCAACAACAACACCAACAACAAGCUGUAGUCGCAGCUGCAAUGGCUGUUGCAGCCGCAAUGAAUAAUGGUAUUCAAUCGAAUAAUGAGAACUGUAAUGCAUAUAUAUCUCAGCAUUCUCAAAUCGAAUGCAAUAUUCCACUUGAUCCUGUCACAGCAUCUAGUCCAUCUGCACAAAUAUCUAAAGGUGGAUCUGUUAUUCAACCGGUGUUUAGAAAUGAUGGUGACUGGUGGACAUCGGCCACACCAACAUAAUUAAUAUUAUGAAGUUAGGCAUCAUUUGAUUUAAACAAUUUCAUAGUGAUUUUGUUUAAAAUUAUUUAUGCAUUCACAUGUUUUGAAUUGCUUACUUUAAUUAGACAUUUGACUUUUGUAUUAAUGUUUCACAUUGAGUGGGUCUACAGUAUACAUGCAUGCUCGCCUACAAAUAAAUUCAUUGUUAAUUGAGUACAAUUUGUCUUUAUAAGUUUAUAUAAAUCUUACUUAGUUGUUUAGCCAGUCAUUCUUACGUAACCAAUUUUCUCCCUUAUUCUAAUUACUGUCAUCAGUAAUAUAUGACUUCAGUUGUUUACUAUUUUAUCAUUAUUUCCUCAUUGUGUCUCCCUACUAGGUACUAGUUGUUUUUUAUUGUUAUAUGUGUUAUGUUGUCUUUUGUCCUACUAUUUUGAAUUGUAUGCAUGUGUGUUUGUUGAUGUGAAUUCUUUGUUUAUGGGUACAUCCACAUUCUCUAUUCCAACAUUCAUUAGCUAAUUUAACGAAAAAACACUUCACAAGUGCUCCUGGAUAUAUAUAUAUCAACGUUGGAGAAAAGUUGGUCAACUAAUUCCCUGUGUGUCUAUAUUUUCUUAUUACUCCUUUUUCCUGUUUUCUCUUUUUAUACUACUGAUUCUCGUGCUACUAUUAUCUUUAAUACCAUAUUCAUAUUCACUUUUUCCCUUUUGGAUUUUUCUCAUUUUAAGAGCUCUUUUUUGUUGAGAAUGCGCCUCCUCACUGUUUUCAAGCUACCAUUGUUAUUAUUAUUAUUAAUGAUAAUUAUGCUGUACACAAUUACGAAUCACCAUUCUAAAUGUAUGAAUUUUUGUACAGUUGCGAUACUAUCAUUAGUUUGUUUUUUUCUUUUCAUUAUUUGAAGUAGAAUUUAUAUUCAUUUAACAACUACAUACAAUUUGUAUGCACACUGACACAUGCAUUAAAUACAUAGGAUUUUCACUGAAUAUUAUGCAUAAUGUAGUAUUAAGAUUGUACCAUAUGUGACUUGUGUUGUCCAUCUAUCUAUCAUAUUAUUUGUUUGUUUUCAUCUGUCACUCAAUUUGUCAUCUUUCUCAUUUCAUUCACUUAGGAUAAUCGUCAUCUUGUUUUACUUCUACCAUUAUAUUUCUUUUCAUUUUUGGUUAGUUCAUGUUUCAUCCAAAAUUAUGCUAUUUUCUUUUAUAUGUCAAUGAUUAUAUUUUUUCCUAGUUCGUGUAAAAAUCAAGUAUAUACUGUCCAUGUGCUUUCCUCUGCUGUGUCUGUGUGUGUACAUGUGUUUCAACAGAUGAUUAUAUUUCUAUUUUGUCGUUACAUCGUAUAAAGUCAUCAAAGUGUUUAUACAUUUAUAUUGGAUAAGGUCUUCAUCAGUGUGGUGUUGACAUAUAUACUACCACUACUACUCUUAAAUUCCAACGAAUUUUAAUCGCAACUCAGGGCCAUUGUGCUUAGAAUAAAAAAGUAAGUUACGUGAACUUGUAUUUAAAAGCUGAAAAGAGUAAACAAGGGCGGAGGAUAUUCGUUUGUGAAAUUAUUCUCUUUUUUUACAAAGACAUUCUCUUCAAACGCUUUUGAUUACCCUUCGUCUUACACUUCUCUCCUUAAUCCAGGCAUUUUUUCUAUUCUGUUCUUGUCUGUUACACAGGUAGUUUUACAUUUUCCAUUUGAGAAAUCUUUCCCAUUGUUAUAAAAGACGCCUUGUUCUUCAUGAUUGAAUUAAUUGUGGUGAUAUUCUUAUACUGGUUACCUUCGUUGAUACAGCACUACUUAUUGUCAAUGAGCAAAUGUAAAUUAGCUAACAUUUUUUUUGAAACUUGUUUUGUUAAUCUCUCCUCUUCAGUUUAUAUUAAUACUACAUCAUUACACUGUCUUUUCCAUUGUUUGCUUUUGCCACAUUAGUAACAAUAAUGCUAAUAAGUUGAAAACAACAAUUAUCAAGGUUAAAACAAUAAUCUAUAAAGAUUAGUAAUGUUGAUCUUGUUAAUUAAAGGAACCAAAAUGUCAUGGUUG